CUCAGGGGAAGACUGCGAGAAACAUGGGAGUAGGUGUGUGUGGGUGGAGGCAGUUUUGGGAUGGGCUUAAGGUGCCACACAUUCCCCAACAAGAAUGAUCUGAAGAGUGAGCCCAGUCUGGCAUCGCCCAAACGAGCAGCGCACCCGUGAUCCGAACAGACUUCACCAGCAGCAGCAACAUGAGUGAAUCAGCAGAAGCUUUGGCUGCUAACCUCAAAAGCCGGAGAAAUGUCACCAUUGAGAUCACCAACCUCUCCAGCAUCUAUUGCCUCAUUGACCCAAAGGUUUACCUGGACAAUGGCCACGUCCACAGCCCACCCCAGCCCACUGUGCGCUCUAUGAAAACUGAAGUGUGCAAUUUCACCAAGGGCAGCGGCAAAGCCUCCGGCGCAGUGGGCGUCCUGACCUACAACCUGUAUCAUCAGCAACAUGGUGUCACAGAGAAAAUGGCGAUAAUGUUCUCUGUGCCCUACGACUAUAACAUCUACCAAAACUGGGCGGGCUUGGGAAUCUAUGAGAAAGGUCGAGAGUGCAAUGAGGCGCUGUACAAAGAGAUGUACUACGAUAAAGACCAGAAGUGUUUUCUGAGGGAUGAUGCCAAAGGCAAUGGCUUCACAUAUGUGGAGGACAAGCUUACCUCCAUCAGGGCAAAGUAUGCGUCCUCGGUGUGCAGUGUGAACUAUCAUGUAGUGUGUUCAUGCAUCCCAGUCUGA